UUUAGUCGGCUGGCGUAACUGCUUCAAAUCGGACCGUUUGACGUAAAACGGAUAUUUCGUCGGGUCAACCGUUUAGUAAAACGUGUUGUGUGUCGCAAAACAAUUUCUAUAGUAAUCGGUGGUGAAAGCAUUUAAAUUCAGACAGCCCUGAUUAUUUGACUCGUGAAGUAAAUGUGUCAAACUUGAACUUCAAAGUGUAGAGUACAGCUGUUCGCUUGUCGCAUUCAGCUUAUUUUUUGUACAAAAACGAGUUUUCGAAUUCUUCAACUCUACUCGCAUCGUUCGUGACCGUACCACCUCCGAAUUUUUUCUUUUAUUCAGUAUGACCGAAAACAACCCCGCCAAACCAGAAGAACUGGAAACUCUGACAACAAAAAAUGGUAAAACAGCGAAAGUUGUUUCAGGACUUAAUAGGCCAGCAAAAAAGAUACCGUUGGGCGAACAAAGGCGUGCGGUUCGACGUCAAGAAUUAAUGGUGAUACUCGGUAAUAUUGGAUUGCUUUCUGCCGGCAUGGCGCUGGGUUUGCCAACAGUCACUUUACGGCAGCUGACGGACCCAAACGAGGCUGUCCAUCUCAGCGAGUCACAGGCUUCGUGGUUUGCUUCCAUCAACACACUUUCAUGCCCGCUCGGUGGUCUCCUAUCUGGCUUAUUACUGGAUAAAAUGGGCCGCAAAAAUACCCUCUAUGUGUUAAAUGGUAUUGCGCUUGCUUCAUGGGCUUUGAUGGCUUUGGCGAUAGAGAGUAAUGUCGAUACGGUUUUUAUACAGCUGAUGGUGUCGCGAUUUUGUAUUGGUAUUGCUAUGGGGAUCUCCAGCGCGCCAGUCGGUGUCUACUCCGCCGAAAUUAGCUUACCGCGCAUACGUGGACGACUAAUUCUUGGCACGUCGGUUUCAAUAGCUUUGGGUAUUCUAGUGAUAUACAUAAUGGGAUAUUUUAUACGUAAUGACUGGCAGUUAAUCUCAAUGAUUUGCUGUGCCUAUCAAAUCGUGGCUAUACUUUGCAUUCUUCCAAUGCCCGAAUCACCCAGUUGGCUAGUGUCCAAGGGUCGCUUGGAGGAAGCGAGGAGAGCACUCAAUUACUUUCGAGGAUUGGACAAAUCAGAUGAAAUCACUCAUCCGGAAGUGCUUGCCGAAUAUAACUUAAUGCAGAAAUCUAUCCAGUUAGGGGAAGGUGUGAAGAAAUCACCGUUUCUGAAGAGCAUACGCGAACCAGAGGUUUACAAGCCACUUCUAAUACUCAUGGGCCUUUUCGCUUUCCAACAGUUAACGGGAAUCUUUGUUGUAGUCGUUUAUGCUGUGCAAAUCUCACAAGAGGCUGGCGUCACUAUAGACCCAUUCAUGUGCGCUAUCCUGAUCGGUGUUGGACGAGUCGCAACCACAGUUCUGCUAGGCAUAAUUCUGGAGAAAUGGGGACGUCGUCGUUCGGGUAUUGUGUCGGCGCUUGGCAUGUGUAUAUGCAUGUUCUUAUUGGCCGGUUAUAGCUGGUGUUCAGUGCUGCAAUUAAUACCGUACCUGCCGGUUAUUGCAAUUAUUUCUUUCAUCAUCUUAAGCACAUUCGGGCUCUACACUUUACCAUUCUUCAUGAUAUCUGAGCUUUUCCCGCAGAAAGUACGCGGUGCAGCCUCGGGGCUCACAGUGGCAGUAGGCAUGGUUUUCGCAUUCAUCUGUAUUAAAACAUACCCGGCAAUGAAGAAUGCAUUAGAUAAAGAAUUUUGCUUUGUAAUUUACGGCAUUAUGGCUUUCAUAGCGGCGAUUUAUGUGUACGCAGUGUUGCCGGAGACACGUGGCCGCACGCUGCUCGCCAUUGAAGACCAGUUCCGCACUGGCGUUAAAUCGCAGCGUUAUCAAGCCGCUCCAGUGGAAAUGCAGGAAGUGUCCGUCAAAUGAGCCUACCGAGCACAAAGGAAGUGCUUUAAUUAAUUACUUGUUGUAUGUUCAGUAUAAUUAGGAAAUGAAAGUGAUUGCUAAUGAAAGCGUAUGCAGCACAGUUACAGCGUUUUAGAAGUGUUGCCAAUAACUAGAUUAAGAAUAGCGUCAAACCAAUUUGCAUUUAAUAGAUCCAAUAUCUAAACGCUAUCGUAAAGAAAAACAAAAUACGUUUCGCAAAUAUUUUUAAAUUAAAUUCAUAAAAACUUAAACUGUGAUAGGUCCAUUCGCUUGUAAAGAAGUUGAUUAUAUGUAGUGCUUUAAAUUUUAAUAUUUACAACUCAAAUAAACAAUAAAAAUGUUUUAUGUAAUAAAAAUAAUAA